AACUAGAUGUCUAGAAAAUCUUGUUCGCAGAAUGUAGUCUUUUCGGUCUACGUCAGUCAUGUCGUGGCACUCUUUCUGAGAACCAGAGAGGAUCUGGUCAUUUAGCAUGACAAUGAGGUUAUAAUAUUGUGUUGGGCAUCGUGCUGCCCAUGUGGGGACAAGUGUCCCUCCAUUGGUCACCCGGCAAUUAUGGCAAAUUCCAGCAGAAAGCCAUUUUCCCUGCCUGAAAAUGUAUAACAGAUGAUUGGAGUCACUGGAUCUGUUCGCCACGAGGCACCAUGUUCCUCUGAGAAAAACAGGGUGGAUCUGUUUGCAGCCAUUGUUAACACCAUUUCUCUUCAACAGAGAUCCCUGAAGCAUCGUUAGAUCCCGGUAAGUAACUCUUUGCAGCUCUUGUUCACAUCACUGUAGUAAAUUUCUAUGCAACUUUCUCCAGUGUCUGCCCUUAAACAUCUGUAAUGCAAUUUUUAGAUUCAUUAUGUUUCAUCCAUCUAGCUGCACAUUGUGGAUGGUAUCUAGCAAUGUAACCUCCACAUCAUCUAGUUAGUGAGACAAGAGGUGCAGAAGCAUAACAAUAAAAAAGCCCAGCCAAUCUCCUACACUACAGACUACACUACACUACAGUGUGUCCUGUCAGUAUACAACCCCAACAUGCAACAUGCAGUAGUAGCCCAGGGGGGCUGUCUAUCACAUGGCCACCCUAAGCCAAUGUAUGCAGGGAGCACACUUCCAGGCUAAUCAAUCAUUUGCUUUGCUGCUUAAUCUUUCUCAUUUUAGCUCACUAAUCAACACCGCUUCCUGCAUGAUGACACAGCUAAGGUCUAAUCCUCACGCUUAAACAACCAAUCAAGCAAGCAAGUUGGGCUGAAGAGAUCUAAACUUCUGGCCUGGUACUUGCAGCGGCGUUCAACUUUUUCGCUUUGACCCCAACCGCACGCACCUAAUCAAGAUUCUCGCACUUGGUUAUGGCCACUAACCAGAACAUGCACUGUGAUAUUAUUCUAUCUCCCACAUGUGGUGUUAACUAGUAACCAGUGCUGAUUCCAGCUUGGCCAGACACUUCCCAUUGGCUCUGGGCAUCAUGUUGCUACAAUUAUAUGCUCAUGUUACUAGUUAAAUCUCUUGUCUGUGUAUUUUUUGCUGUCACAAGGGGUCUGGAUAGGUUGCAACUGGGAGUAGAAUAUGCGCCCGAACUGAUCGUCUGGUGCGGAAAUCGACGACCAAGAUCCACUUCAGCUUGGUGAGGGAUCUGUGGUGGGAAGCGGCACGUGUCUGAUCCCUGUGCGUCGCUUCAUUUCUGAUGUUUGAUCCUGGCCGUCGGUUGCCUGCGGGGACGGCCGAUUUUUUCCGCUCGGUACCGUAGGGAACCCCUUGGUCCCUAUCUAUAAAGGCCAUGCAUAGAGAUACAGGGGAGUAAGCUAUUUGGAGCUGUACUUGCUGGCUAAUUAGCUUCAGACAUCUCACCAGGUGACAUAUAUCAUCUUUCUUUCUGAGGAGGAAGGAGAAAUAAUGGGGCACAUUGCUGAUCCUACGGGCGCCGUAGUCGUGGGCUGCAAAGUGCUGCCCAUCUUCAACGAGAACGGCAUCGUGGAUGGCGCGGUGAAGAAGAUCGUGCACAGGAUCGACGGGAAGAAGGCGGUGGCCCGGGUGAAGGAGCUCCUCAAGUGGGCCGCCCAGGCCAGGCCGUACGGCAGCAGCAACGGCGUCAGUGGGAAGAAAUGGAAGUUUCUGAGCUUCCAGGGAAGGGACGGUGGUGGUCCUGCAGCACCGGUAUCAAAGUGCGACGAUGACGCGAGCUCUGGGUCCGGGUCCGGUGGCAAGCUGAGCUUCAAGUGGGAGGCGGGCAGCUGCUCGUCGGCGUCGUCGGUGCUGUACUCGCCGCUGUCGUUUGCGUCGGCACCGGCUGGGAGGACGGAGCAGCAGACGCCGUCUCGGGGGAACGGGAACUACAGCUACGGCAACGGGUACGCGUCGCGGCUGUCUUCGGUGAGCCAGAAGAGCACGUCGUCGGAGGCAUGCCGGAUGGCGCAGUGGAUCACCACGGACUCAGACUUUGUGGUGCUGGAGCUGUAAGUGAAGAAUAAUACAUAAUACUGUAUUGCUGAAGAUGGUGGAGGACUCAGCAUUUGAGAAACUGGUGAUGACUCAGCAGCCUCAUCAAGCUAGCUCGCUAGUUAAUUAGCUAGUGUUGUUAAUUACUCUAGUUAGUUAGGGUGGGAGCUAAAUAGGAGCAGAUGCAUGUGCUAUCUGGACUGAUGAGGAGCAGAGACAGAGAAGAGAAGCAAUUAAUCAACAGCUGAUGAUGGAGCAGCAAAGCAAGCAAUGAUGGAGUUAUCAAAUUAAGUCCAAGUGUAUAUACAUUAGCUAGUGUAUAUGCGUGUCUUUUUUGAUUCAUAAAUAAGGUGUACACGCGUUACGCAAUUUUUUGUUUUUGUUCCUUCUUUUUUUUAGAUAAAGAGAUGGUUACAUGGUU